UUGUAGCUAAAAUACAGAAAAUGUCCGUUAGACUUGCACUUACAUUUGUAGCCUGCCGUUUGGCUAUUAUGCAAAUGGGAGCAGUGCGUAUUGACAGUAUCCCUAAAGUUGUUCCGUAUGAUGAAGCUAGUAUCGGCUACGCAGGUGAUGGCGACCAAAGAAAAAAUUAUACUAACCAUCAUCUGUUCGUGGCGAGAAUAGAAAGUGAGCAUCAAAAAGAGGGUCUAGAACACCUGAAAGAGCAAUUCUCUUCGUUAGAUUUUUGGAACCCAGUGUUUGUGAUGAGAAACGUGUCCAUUCGUGUGCCGCCGGAGUUUACUGACCCAGUGAAGGAAAUUUUGAAAAAACAUAAAGUGGCGUAUACCGUCGCAUCCAAAAAUCUUCAAGCGUGGAUAGAUCACGAGAAAAUCGAAAACCCUCAACAAAAUCUGUUUCUUUUAGGAAGUGACCCUUCCCGAUUUAAUCUAAAUCAGUACCAUUCGUACGAUGAAAUUUCAGCCUAUAUUGAUGCCAUAGCUAACAGAUACUCGGACGUCGCGCAGGUCAGUAACAUCGGAUCCACGUACGAGGGGCGACAGAUUAAAGGUCUGAAGAUCAGUUCUGGGGGGAAGGACAAGCCUGUGAUCUGGAUUGAUUCCGGAAUACAUGCACGUGAGUGGAUAUCACCGGCUACAAGCCUCUACAUAAUUAACAAACUCGUAACUGGUGCAAAAUCAGACCCCACAGCUCGUGCUUUGGUUUCUUUAUAUGAUUUUCAUAUCUAUCCGUUACUAAAUGCAGACGGUUAUGCGAGAACAUGGAGCGGUGAUAGGAUGUGGCGGAAGAAUCGCGUACGCUUUCAGGGAUACAGCUGCCAGGGCGUAGACCCAAACCGUAAUUUCGGUUACGAUUUUGCUGGUACUGGUAGCAAUGGCGACGUCUGCUCGGACUCCUAUCGUGGACCACAAGCCUUCUCCGAACUUGAGUCACAAGCCAUUAGAAAUGGAAUUCAAUCCCUAGAUAAACAGGUCAAGAUGUUCUUUACGUUGCACUCGUACGGCCAGCUAAUAAUGCUUCCAUACGGUAGUGGGCCUCGCAUCCAAUCACGUUUCUACAACGAUCAACUUCAGAUAGCCCGAGCAGGGCAAAGAGCGAUCAGCGCCUUUUCUGGUGUGCAUUACGAAGUUGGCACCAUUCAACAGUUAUUGUUGGCUGCUGCGGGAGGGGCCGCCGAUUGGGCUCAUGAAAGCGGUGGUAUAAAGUAUGCAUAUGCAAUCGAACUUCGGGAUAAAGGACGAUUCGGUUUCAUGCUGCCCGCUAGUCAGAUCGCACUAACAAGUGAGGAGUGCUACAGCGCUGUAAUCGCUAUGGUUGACGAGAUGGCUCGCAAGGAAACUGGUCGGCCCGUGCUACCUGCAGGUCAGAUGGCAAAAGGAAAUGGUCAGGGAGGUGCCAACCAAAUCCCCCAAACACUUACUACACUAAAAUGGCCGCCUCAGUGGAGCUAAGUAAAUAUGAAAUUGUAUUUAUUUUAAAACAAAUUCCUGUCGCACUAUUGACGACUCGAAGUAGUCCACAGAGGUUUGUUAUUUAUUGUCGACAUAAACAACAUUUUUACAAAAACGAAACAGAGCUAGAAUAUAUAUAUAUAUACCUAAAAUUUACAGUCCCAAGACUAUUACGCGCGAUUCACCGUAGAUGCUGUAAAUUAUUUAAAAGUUCAACCAAGAUUAUCAGCUACAAUAUAUGGCAUUGUGGUUUGUUAACGUCGACGCAAAACAAAAAGGCAUAUACCUGCGCGAAGCGCUUGCACAAACGUUAUGCCAUGCUUACUUGGUAGGUUAGUAGGGCCCAUAGAACGCAGUAUGAAUACAGAACAACAUGUUAAGACACGUAAAUAAUAAUCAAGCCAACUUUGGGCGAGUUCUAUUAC